AUGAGAAGAACAGACGAUAGAUGGACACUAAGAACUCUGAAAUGGAUCCCUCGCGAAGUAGUCUCGAGGGAGACCACCGACCAGAUGGGUGACGUGGCACGGAUGGACCAGCUGAAUUCUCAGCUGGUAACGAGUAAUGGAUCUGGACCUCGCGAAGGUCGC